AGAAGAGAAGCAGCCCUGCUCAGCCCCACCCCCUCUACCUUCAAGUGGCCCCAAAUCCUCUCUGAAAGGGUUCAGUUCAAGUAUCAGCAUAGGAACCUGUGAGACUUGGGACAGGGCAGAGAGUAUGGAAGGUCAGGUUAAGUGUCCUGACGUGGCGCAGCCAGCUUGCCCCACACACACAUUAGCUGGGCCGUAAGUACCGUGGAUGGUCCCGUUUGAGGUUAGACCAACCCCAGACAUGAACUAAGGCUCCCCAGAGCUCCUGGAUUAGUCACAGCAUUGAAGAGAAAAUUUCACUGAGCUGCACCUGGCAGGGAGUCUGGAGUUUCUGGUUUGGAAGCUCAGGAAGGCGUGAGGCAGGGGAGGGGCCUCCAGAUAGUGGGAGGGCUGGUGGCUGGGGCUGAGCCCUCAGCUGCUGUGCAGCGCCCAGACAGUCCAGGAGUCCAGGACAAAGAGGAUAUCCACAGACUCCUGGGAUUCACGCAAGGCAGCACCCCACUGUGGCCGCCUCAACCGCUGCAUUUGUCAUUCUGAGGCCUCUGCUCAUCCUGCACCCCAAAGAUGGAGGUCCUGCUUGGAGUGAAAAUUGGCUGCCUGCUUGCCCUUCUGGUUCUCACCCUGGGCUGUGGCCUUGCUCCCAUCCACUUCAGAUGGUUCCAGAUGGAUGCAGCUACAGGUCGUCACUAUAGAGUUCUCAGCCUCCUGGGCUGCAUCUCUGCUGGCGUCUUUCUGGGAGCAGGGUUGAUGCAUAUGACUGCUGAAGCCCUGGAGGGAAUUGAAUCAGAAAUUCAGAAAUUCGUGGUGCAGAACAGUACAGGAAGUACAGGCAACUCUUCUCGUGACGCUGCUUCCGAUUAUGUGGAGUAUCCCUAUGGAGAGCUCGUCAUCUCGCUGGGCUUUUUCUUCGUCUUCCUUCUGGAGUCGCUGGCAUUGCAGUACUGCCAACGGGAUGCUGGAGGAUCACCGGUGCAGGAAGAGGAAUGGGGAGGGACUCAUGCCUUUGGAUUCCACAAGCACCUGCCGGUACCCUCGCCGUCGCAGGGUCCCCUCCGCGCCCUCGUCCUUCUGAUCUCUCUGUCCUUUCACUCCGUGUUCGAAGGCCUGGCCGUGGGCCUGCAGACCACAGUGGCGGCCACUGUGAAGCUCUGUGUCGCUGUAUUGGCGCACAAGGGGCUUGUGGUGUUCAGCGUAGGCCUGCGGCUGCUGAAGGUCAGCACCGGCUCUCGGUGGGCCACGUUCUGCAUACUGUCGUUAGCACUCAUGUCUCCCGUGGGCCUGGCCCUAGGGCUGACCGUGGCUGGAGCGGCCUCAGGACCAGGGCAGGGAUUAGCCCAGGCUGUAUUAGAGGGAGUAGCAGCGGGCACGUUCCUGUAUGUCACCUUCCUAGAAAUCCUGCCCCGGGAGCUGGCUUGUUCCGAGGCCCCUCUGGUCAAGUGUGGCUGUGUGGCUGCUGGUUUUGCCUUCAUGGCUCUUAUUGCCUUGUGGGCCUGAAAGAUUCCUCGCUGCUUUAUGGGCCUCUCUAGGAUGACUUCUCCUGAGGACACCACCAGAAUGACUUUGGCCCUCAGACAUCUUUUCAGUGAGGCUAAGCAUUUACUAGGCACAGACUAUCCCGGAUUUUAUAUACGGGAGAUCCUGUUCUUGAUAAAGACUUAGAAAGGAUGUUUUGUUUGAGUGCCCAUUUAGCUGGGAAAUUGGUAUCAAGACCACUACCCCAGAGUUGCCAUUCUGUGUAAUAAAAUGACCUUUUGCCCCUUCCCUCCAAUCACAUUGUAAUCCAUGUCUCUGAGAGGGAAAAAGGAGUGUGGAUGGAAUUGAGACCCGCAGUCAUUUUAGUGGUUACGGGCCAUUGUAGCCUUACCCAUGGGAGCUGAGAAACAGAACAGCAUUUAGAGGGAAAGGAUGUUUGAAAGCAGAAAACCGGCUAGAUAUUUUUCCUUCACUACCUGCCUCCCCACUCUCAGUGCCUGCCUUUCCCUGCCAGUCCCUGCUUUGACAUGGAGUCUUGUGUAGCCUCAGGGACACCAUUGCUGUCCUCUGAGCGUCUUUCUUUCUGGCUGCCACAGGCUGAGGGAUUAAAAACCUGUGUUUGCAGAGGGGGUCUGGCGCCAGAUAAAUACCAAGGGUGAUCACUCUGAGGUGAACCACCAGGUGGCUUUCCUUCUGCCUGCCUGACCAACUGCGCUAAGAUCAGAGCAGAAAGCAGUUACCUUGACCUUGAGGAGUGGGACAGCUGCCCCCCUGCCCUCGCCUAAUGGAGGGCACUCCUGAUUCACACAUUUGGUGAAGAAAUAAGGCUAAGGCAGGGAAGAUGUGCCCUGGAGCCCACUCGCCCUCACCAGUUUGCCCCUUCUUGUGACUUUGAGUGUGAUAACCCAACAGCCUUAGCAUGAACAAACUCUUGAAUCAUU